UUACUAUAUAAUAAAAGAAGAAAUCGAACUUCUAUAUAUUAUAUAUUUCAUGACUUACAACUUGCGUUUUGUAAUAUACUUUAAAGUGCGGUAGAAUUUAAUUGAUAUUGGUAAAUUUUUCAAAACUCUUUAAAAAUGAGUAUUUUAGCUUAUAAUGGUGGAGCUAUUAUAGCAAUGAAAGGCAAGAAUUGUGUGGCAAUAGCUGCUGAUCGUAGAUUUGGUAUACAAGCACAAACCAUAACAUGUGAUUUUCAAAAGAUAUUUGAAAUGGGAUCUCAUUUGUAUCUUAGCCUUCCUGGUCUUGCUACUGAUACUCAAACUGUAAUGGAAAAAUUAAGAUUUAGAUUAAAUCUUUAUGAACUUAAAGAAAAUAGAAAAAUACAUCCUAAAGCAUUUGCAUCAAUGGUAUCAAAUUUAUUAUACGAAAGAAGAUUUGGACCUUAUUUUGUAGAACCUAUCAUUGCUGGAUUAAAUCCUAAUACUUAUGAACCAUUUAUUUGUAAUAUGGAUUUAAUAGGAUGUAUAAGUCCAUCAAAUGAUUUUGUGGUUGGUGGAACAUGUACUGAACAAUUAUAUGGAAUGUGUGAAUCACUUUAUGAACCAGAUAUGGAACCAGAUGAUCUUUUUGAAACAAUUAGUCAAGCAUUAGUAAAUGCAUGUGAUAGAGAUGCAAUAUCUGGUUGGGGUGCUAUUGUUUAUAUAAUAGAAAAAGAUAAAAUUACAGUCAAGACUCUUAAAACGCGAAUGGAUUAAAGUAUCAUACAUAUAUGUUUAUAUUAUACAUCAAUAUAAAAUAUCUUAUUAAGAUACA